CCUUGCCUCGCCGUCGUGCACCUCGCAGCAAAGGCAGAAAAAAAAAUUACUCUUGCUAUGGGUAGCAUUAGAUUAUGGCGCGCAUACCCGGCGAACGCUUCGAGAUAGACCUCGACGACGACACGUCUCUCGCUCCGCACGACCAGCCACAAGGCUCCGUUGCGGCCUCUUCCGCAUCAACCAUUCCCGGAUUUGUCGCUGAUGUCCUGGAGCGUGAGAUAAGAUCGGAAGUUACCCCACCAAGCUUCAAGAGUGCAAAUACCGCGACGGGCUUUCCUGAGCACAAGAAGCGGACGGGCCUUUCUAAGUUCAGACAGUCCAAAAAUGCCUCGUCCCCGUCCAGUGCUGCUGCUUCUGCUGCUCCCGCCGGUGUCGCCACGGCCACUUCAGAUAUGACCGGCCCCAGCUCUCUCACGCCGAGGCCGAAUCACGACAGUCUGUCCGAGGAGCGAAAGCAGAUCGACGAAGAGAACAGAAAGACCAUCGCAAGCAUGACCGACGCUGAGAUCCAGGCCGAGCGUCAGGAGCUGUUCGCCGGACUGAGCCCCGCUUUGAUCGAAAAGCUGUUGAAGAGAUCGAACAUCGACGACGAGCCGCAGGCGACGGAGCCCGAGCUGUCGCCCAAAGCGAAGCCGUCCGAAGGCGAAAAUCGACGGCCAUCCUGUGCUGAUCGCCGUGUUUCUUUUGCCCUUCCGGAGGAGAUGCUUGAGGAGAAGGAGAGCUCCACCACCGCGUCACGCCACAGCAUCACGUCCAGCCCCUCGCCCUCGCUGGCUGCAAAGUUUGGCUCAGCCUCGAACUCGGACGUGUCUGAGCUAGGACUGUCACGCACGUCGAGCAACGCGUCAACCGCGUCGAGACGCAGCUCGUCUGGCCACGCUCACGAGCGCAAGGUGUCCUUCGUGCUGCCGGACUACAUCGAGCUUGCGCGCAAGGCGAACCCGACAGCAGCCAAACACAGCGUGGCAAGCCCGCCGGUGCACGCCGCGGACAAUGCGGAAUCCACGCAGCAGCAAAACAACUCUGCGCCCGAGCUGUCCAGAACCCCCAGCGGCUCCGCCAUGAAGUCUCCGGGACAGCGGCCGGUCGACCACGCACGCAAGGUCUCGUUUGCGCUACCCGAGUCGCAGAUCACGGGCGAACGCCGACCCUCCUCCGCUGCGAGCCACAGUCUGUCGAGCAGCCCCAGCCCGCGAUUCGUCGACGGGCUUGAUUCCCUUCCCGCGGAACCCGUAGACGAUCUCCAGCUCUCCCAGCCAGAGGACGGACUCCCUCCAGCCGACCAGGGAACCAUACACUUUCCCAAACCUCCCGCGGCGCCGGAGCUGGAUCCAAAUGCCCCGACCUUCCUCGAGGACCUGCACAAAAACUAUUUCCCAAACCUCGCCCACGAUCCCUCCAAACUUGCGUGGAUGGCGCCCGCGACGGACGAGGAGAACGCGUCGUACGACCCUUCGCGCACCAACUUGGAUCCGAAAGACGUCCGCUUCGACUUCAAGGGCAGGAUCAUACCGCCUAGCAGGUCCGCUCAGAUCCCCACCGACGCUGGCCUGCACCACCACGGCGACGCGCCCUCGGCAGCGGGUUACACCAUCUCCGAACUCGGUCUGCUAGCUCGCAGCGCGUUCCCCGCCCAGCGCAGCCUCGCCAUUCAGACCAUUGGCCGCAUCCUGUACCGGCUGGGCAGAGGUGAGUUUGGCAACGAGAACGACAUCGACGUCGACGGCCCGGACGGCGAGAGAGCCAUGCUGGCCAAGGGUCUGUGGGAGGCUGUUGAGGAGAGCAGGGUCAUUGACACCAUCACCGCCGAGGCCGCAAAGGAUCGUGGCCACCAGACCAGCAUCGCGCUGGCGCAGGAGGCGGUUUGGAAUUGGAGGAAAGGUGGCGGGCGACAGCGGAAAGCCGUCUGAUACAUCCGAGGCCUUCCAGCCUCUCCCGUCCUUCUUUUCUUCUCUUUUUUUCCCCUCCCCCCCCUUUCAUUCCCUCAUUCUCUUCCCCUUCAUCACGAUAGCUUCUGGUCCAGCCAAGCCUUCCCCUCCCUCCUUCCCUCUCGCCUCUCUUCUUCUUCUUCUUCUUCUUCUUCUUCUUCUUCU